AUGGCUUUGACUCCUAAUUCUACCUUUAAAGGGCUUCGUUUCGACCUAUGGAAUCUCAAUUCUGCUUUACAUUUUCAUGACUGCAAUGGCCUUCGGCUGAAAGGUACAACACACAUUAACAGCCCGAAGCUGCAUAUAAGCAUUAACGGUUGCAAAGAUGUGGAUAUCAGAGGUGUUCGGAUUUUAGCGCCAAAAGACAGUCCCAAUACCGAUGGGAUCGACAUCAGUGAUUCAACCCAUGUUAAUAUCCAUCACUCCAAUAUUCAGACCGGUGAUGAUUGUGUGGCUAUUAAUGGUGGUGUCUAUGAUGUGAAUGUAACCAGGGUAUUCUGUGGACCUGGUCAUGGCAUAAGUAUUGGAAGCCUCGGGGAACAUGGCAGUCACGACACAGUUGAGAAAGUACGAGUAGAAAAUUGUAAUAUCUCUGGAACACAGAACGGGUUACGUAUCAAGACAGUACCGUAUGGAACCGGGUACGCAAGGGGGAUAGUGUUUCGGAAAAUUCAUCUGGUAAAUGUUGAGAAUCCUAUCAUAAUUGAUCAACAUUACUGCGCUAACACUGAAAAUGCUAUUUGCCCUUCACCACCGUCAGCACCAGCAGUACAAGUGAGCGAUGUGAGGUUUGAUACACAAUUAAACAGUGUGGCUGUUAAUGGUGGCGUCUAUGAUGCAAAUGUAACGCGGGUGUUCUGUGGACCUGGUCAUGGCAUUGGCAUAAGUAUCGGAAGCCUCGGUGAAAACCGCGGUCGCGAUAUUGUCGAAAAAGUACGAGUAGAAGAUUGUAACAUCACAGGAACAACAAACGGGUUACGUAUCAAGACAGUACCAUAUGGAAGAGGGUACGCUAGAGGGAUCAUAUUCCGAAAUAUUAAUCUCAUAAAUGUUAAAAGACCUAUCAUAAUUGAUCAACAUUACUGCAGUAAUAGUAAUUCUGAAUAUGCUGCUUGUCGUUCACCGCCUUCGGCACCAGCAAUACAAGUGAGCGAUGUGAGGUAUGAGAACAUAUACGGGUCUUCAGCAACACAGCGGGCGAUUAUUUUUAGUUGCAGUAAGAAAUAUAAGUGUAUCGGAAUCCAAACAAACAGAGUUGUAAUCACUGGAAACAACGUUUUUGUCGUGUGCAAAAAUGUUGAAGGAAAUUUUGUUGAUACCACCACUCCAGAUACAUGCAGGUAG